GUGCGACGGUGAAACGCCCCUACCCAGAAGUAGAAGAUGGACGUCGAACGGAUGUUGGCAUUGCGACUGGCAUAGCUCUCAAUUAGAUUACAGUGCAAGUUUACUCCAAACACGCUGUUAAUAUAAAGCAAAAACAAACUUCUGUUACUGAAUUUUGACAGACCAUUUUCAUUCAUCAUCGUCAGUGUCUUUGGUCAACUAGCUAGCUGAUGUUAGCUUGCUUGGUAGCUAACAGUAACGUUAGCUUAUUUUUUUCGGGUUUAGCUAGUGAGCUAAACUUGUCAAGAAAUUACAUUAUUCAUUGGCAUAGUGAACGGUACCUUGUUGGAUUUACUUACAGCGAAAUAGUUAUCUUUCACGUUUGAACUAUUAACUAGUCUCAGGCGGCCUUUGCAGUCGGCGCAAGCUGGCCAGCGCAGUAACGUUAGCUACUGUAGUUAGCUAGCUAUGGCUUCCAGGCGAGGAAAUUGUAACAGCGGCAUGGAUUCUCCGUUGAAUAGCAAUAGCACAGCCGGUGGUGCUAAUCGUAAACAAAGUAUAAUCAACGCACCAAACCGAGCUGGGACUGAGUCUUGUGAUCGUAAAGUAGAGAAAGCUGAGUAUGCGCACCAAGCAUGCCAGGGCAACAUGACUAUAUCCUCACUCAAGACACGGUUAGCCCCGACCAUUCGAACCACGUUAUCCGCUGCUGUGGAUACCCUCUUGGGCGAGGUAGUACUUGUGCUCAACGAGACCCAACAAGAGCUGGUUAACAAGGAGCAGGAGAACGAAAGGCUCAAAGUGGAAUUGAGGACGUUGCAGGAAUGUCUUAGCAGCGCCCAAAAGUUAAUUGACCAGUUGCAAAUUCCUUUCCCUGGUGCACAGACCAUGGGUCAGUCAGUUUUCGCCCCCUCUCUCACAUCUAUUGGCUCUAUGAACACAAGUAUGGACAGGGACCGCCAGAGCCACCGUAAUGUCAAUGGCGCAGACGGGCGGUGUGUUUCCGGAGUCGACCUAGAGAUGAGUGGCUCUCUCAGUGAGUCUCUGCAUGGGUACGACUCCAGGGAGGACUAUAAAAUGUGUCAGCUCUCUAUCCAACCAGACGGUUCUGUGACCAACCAUUCUAUGGACUCUUAUGCUGCCAACACACCUAACAUCUGCUCUGACCACAGCCGGCCAGAUGAGAGGAGGCAGCAGCAGGGGACACGAGCAGGAGGAACAAGAUUUGAGAUCAAAGAAGAGCAGGGGCCUGGUACAAGUUCAGGUCCAGAGCAGGCUUGCAGGAGAGGGCCAGGGCCGAGGAGCGCCGGGGGUGCUGGCGGCAGUGAGCAGACGGCCCAGAAUGUGGGUGAUCUGGGAUAUAUCCAUGUGGUGGAGCAGGAGGGGUCAUUGCGCUCUGGCAGCUACUCUCUUCGACACCCAAAACCCACGAGGCCACGUACUGCCACUGGUGGUCCGACUCAGGGUGGACUGGCAGGACAGAAAGUGGUGCUGAGGUCUCCUGGAACAGUGGGAAGGGACAGCAUAUCCCCAGGGAGGGCGGGAGAGACAGCAGGACCAUCCACCUCUCCAGGAGAUCCAGAUGCAGAUCGGCCCCACCACUGUCUAGAGUGUGGGAAGACCUUCCGCCUCAUCUCCAGCCUGAAGAAGCACAUCCGCAUCCACACAGGAGAGAAGCCCUACCCGUGUGGGGUGUGUGGCCGCCGCUUCCGUGAGUCAGGGGCCCUGAAAACCCAUCUUCGCAUUCACACAGGCGAGAAGCCCUACUCCUGCUCUGAAUGUCCUAAAAUCUUCCGCCAUUUAGACGGCCUGCGCAAGCACCAGCGCACCCACACGGGUGACAAGCCCUAUGUGUGUGCCAUCUGUGGCAAGCGUCUGAGCCGACUGCAGCACCUGAAGCACCACCAGCGCAUCCAUACUGGAGAGAAGCCCUGCAUCUGCCCCUUCUGCAACCGCACCUUCAAGGAGCCAGCGGCGCUGCGCAAGCAUGUCCGCACUCACCGUGAGGAGUCUGGCAACAUGGAGGCAGGCCUGGGAGAGGAGCCGGACCCAGACGCCCUGGACAACAUCAACAGCCUCCAUCCUGCUGCCCCCUCCCCUCAGAUGAGGUUUGAUGAGUGGGGAGCUGAAGGGGACGAUGUGGACUGUGUGUAGGAUGGCCACAUCCUUCUGCCUAGUGCAUUAGGUAUAUGACAGUAUAGAGUCUUCCUAUUCCAUUACUGUUCUGUGUGAGGAAGUCUACAAUUCCAUCCCUGAGAAACAGGCUAUCUACAUCCUUAGUAUUGUCACUUGACCAGGGUAGCCUAUUCAUUUCAGAGACACUUCAUGUGCCUGUCUGACCCCCUGACAUAUACUUUAGUGCAUUAUAAUCUUAGAAAUGUGAAAGUAGUUUAUAGAAUAUGAAAUGUACCCAUGUCUCAUGUCCCCCUUCACUCAUGCAACUCCACAAACUACCUGGUGUGUAUCAUCAUUGUCUGCUGGAGAUACUCAUCCUUUAAGGUGCUCGUCAUGUGUAUUUUCAUAUGGAAUGGAGUUAUAUGCAACCAUGUCCAAAGACCAUUUUAUAGAAUUGUAACAAUAGUUAGUUUGCUACUAUUAAUGCCACCACCAUGGUGACAUUAAACGGAGACUCAGCGAUGUGACGUUACCAUGAACAGCAGUGCAAUAACUUCAGAAAGAGCGCAAGGCCUUGUUAGCAGUGGUGGGGGAAAAGUACCCAAUUGUAACCGUAAACAUACCUUAACAGACAAUGACUCAAGUGAAUGUCACCCAGUAAAAUACUGGAGUAAAAGUCUAAAAGUAUUUGGAUUUAAAUAUACUUAAGUAUCAACAGUAAAUGUAAUUGCUAAAAUAUACUUACGUAUCAAUUGUAAAAGUAUAAAUUGUCAAAUUCCGUAUAUUAAGCAAACCAGAUGUCACCAUUUUCAUGUUCUAUUAAUUUAUGGAUUGCCAGGGGAACGCUCCAACACUCAGACAUAAUUUACAAAUGAAUAAUUUGUGUUUAGUGAGUCCGCCAGGUCAGAGGCAGUAGAGAUGACCAGGGAUGUUCUCCCUGGUCCAUUUUCCUGUUCUGCUAAGCAUUCAAAAUGUAACGAGUACUUUUGGGUGUCAGGGAAAAUGUAUGGAGUAAAAAAAAUACAUUAUUUUCUUUAGGACUGUAGUGAAGUAGAAGUGGUCCAGAAUAUGAAUAGUAAAGUACAGCUACCCAACAAAAACCUACUUAAGUUUUACUUAAAAUGAUUUUUACCUAAGUACUUUGCACCACUGCUUGUUAGAACCCACCCACACAGAUAUACUGAUAAACAGCUGCAUAUAUUUGUACCAGCCAGGAGUGUGAUAGCUGUGUGGUAAUGCUGCCCAGAUUAGCUUCUUCCUACUCUCUUCGUCAGAAGUCGAUAUUUAUAGUCACGUCAUAUUGCUGAAUGUACUUUUAACGAUUAAUGCCACCAUGAAAUGUAAAUAUGUAAUCACUUGCAAUUGUUCUAAUUCUUCCUGUUAUUGAUCGGCCCAUUCAGAGAGGAAAUGGAAACCAUCUCUAUCUGAGGGAGUGUUUGUCUGAUGUUUGUCUGAUUAGAACAGAGCACAUUUAGUUUCAGCCUUUUAGCUGUCAAUCUCUGUCCCAGUGUAUUAUCCUUGUAAACUGGUCCAUCUGCAAUUAUGGAAAAUGUCCAUUACUAAUUUAAAUCCCCUCUAAAUAGGUUGACAAUACUGAGAAUAUACAGUAGCAGUCAAAAGUUUGGACACACCUAUUCAUUCAAGGGUUUUUCUAUAUUUUUACUAUUUUCUACAUUGUAGAAUAAUAGUGAAGACAAACUAUGAAAUAACACAGGGAAUCAUGUA